GUGACGGACAUUCGCAGGAUGGUUCUUUGAAUCCCCCAGUGGCUCCAACUUGCAGUCCAUCAUUAUCAUUCAAUAUCCAAUCCUGUGUCCUCAAUUUGUUACAUCAGUAUGUCAGAGGAUUCGAGAGACCUGUCUCUUAUCACAGCGCAAUUCAGUUCCCUCGCAUUUGAGCCUCGGGUUGAGGUAGGAGAUGGACUUAUACUACCUCCUGACUUCCAGCUCCCGUCCCUGGAAUCAGUCCGAGCAGAUUCAGCUACCUUGGUAGAUAUCAGGUCAGGGAUUCAACGUCCACACACAAACGAAGAGAUUAUCUCCGCUGUUAGAGCUUUACUAGUAUGUAAUGGAUUGGAUGAACCGCCGGGCCUGGGAAAUAUGGACUUGGAGCCAAUUUACUAUUAUAUAACACUGCCCAAACUUUUCAAAUGGUCAUACUUUGUUAAAAUAGAAGAUGUCCCAGGCGACCUUCAGGAGGAUGCAAUCUUUGCACUGAAGAUGUUUAUACGAGCUGUAGAAGAGUAUCCAGAACCUGUGCCUCGUUUGCUGAUAAACUACCCUCCUGGAUCUGAGGAAGAUUCUAAAUACAUUGUGCUUUGCAAUGCUCGCCGUAAGCUCUCGGAGUCCCUAUUUCAUCCAAGGACCAACCGUCCGGCUGAAGCUGUACCAUACCUAAAAGCCACUGUCGAGACUGGUCUUAGGAGGAACACAUCCGGCAAAGGCCUGUGGCUGAUAACCCCCUUUAGUUACUCGCUAUACGGGGAAGCCUUAGCUCUAUCCGGCAGAUAUGACGACGAGACCAAGCUAAUAUUGGAGCGUGCGCUAGAGGGCCUAUCCCAAUUUGAUCGCGGUCAUACCAGCUCUACAAUAGCUAAGAUAAAUAUACAUUUGGCCCACGUCCUCCACAAACGAGGGGACGAUCCUAAGAAAGCAAAACAACUCGAAGAUUUGUCAGUGAGGUUCCUUCGCAAGAACCCUAACUUUUUGGGACAAGAUAUACUUUCACAACUCUUGGUGCGACCCGGCCAACCUGAGAGCCGUAUCUUGACCGCGCUUGGUGGACCAAAGUGGCUUCUAGAGCACAAAUCUACAUUUAAAACGGAUAAGCGUCUCACCAAACAAUGCAAGACGUGCCAAUUCCACGAACCACAGGUAAAGCUCUUUGUAUGCUCAAACUGCAAAUAUAUCUGGUAUUGCUCUAAAGAGUGUCAGAGAGCAGAUUGGAAAAUGCACAAAACUAUGUGUCGUGAAAUGGCGGAAUACAGCAGUCACGUUGAAGAACUGGGAAAAGUCAAUCCUCAAGCUGCACAGUGUGCGACUGACUGGUCGAAAUGGCGAACAGGCUUUCUCACGGUAGAUCACUAUGCCUUUGUCCAUGCGCUCGGCCUACACCGCGAUCCCUCUCGGAGCCGAACCCACAUUGUCUUUUGCUACGUUGAAUACACUCCGCACGCCUCCAAAGAUCUGAAACAUAAGUUUCGUAUUAACUCUUGCGGCGUUUUUCGUAUCGUAGACGUACUUGCCGACAUUGAACAUGCCAUGGGCCUCGACAAGGGAGAAGGGGCGGAGUACAUUCAGAACUGUCUACAGGAUCCAACUUUCAACUCGGAUGUUUCAAGUUCAUCGUAUGGUGAAAAAAUGAUCCCGGUGCCGUCUUUGUUUAUGGGCGUUAACUUGCAGGCAGUUCUAAGGUGCACGUGUGUUUCAACCGAUCUACUUCGCAUGAAACCUUACAACCCUCAGUGGCGCAACGCAGUUAACAAACUUGAAGAUGCGCCACCGCUGAAAUUGCAACUCGAGAGAUCCGAGAUAAAAGAUGCAGAGUACAUAUUUUGAUAUAGGUUAUAGCAUGACAAUUAAAGUGUAGGUCUAGGUCAGACGAUAGAUGUGCUGUAUCAGGUUGGCAGGAGAGGAUAAACUAUCUGAAGCCAACUACUCUCUUCGAUAGAUCUUUGAUUUCACUUCUCAAAGUCACUCGAUCGUGAUCACGAUCACGAUUUUAUUGCUGUGCUAUCGCUCUUCUUUGUACCGCCCUGACAGAAAAUCGCGUUCCAGUCAGGAUUGAGGGAGAUCCGAUAUGUGAUGACAACAGCCCCUGGUUUCACCCAUGCGAUUGAUAGAGAUGAUGAUCAAUAGAUUGGAAUCCUCUUCUCAAGCUUCAAGGAGAUCAUCACUAGCAGAGACUGAUUGAUUGGACCCUAUGAUCGUACAGAUAUCAUAUUAUACCCUCGCUACUAUCUUCUCGCCUCGGCUCAUCGCCGCUCUACAGCCUGGGUCCAAGCCGUUACGUCGACUUGCGCUACUGGCCGAUAAAGCCAUCCUUAAUUUUGUUUGAUUGAACGGUUGCUUUAAGUAAAUGGCAAGGGGUUUUGAGAG